CGUUUGAAGGUGUCACGAAAUGUUGAAUUGAUCAAAGCAGAAAAAAGAAAUACUGCCCAACCUAUUAAGGCAGGUUUUUCGUGUUCUUACGGUCAGAAGAGCGUGAAAAAUGUUGCUGUUCUUGAGUUGCAUCGCAGCUCUUGUCUUCACCUCGUUUGCAGAUUGUGAUCAACCACUUUUUUCAAAAAGCAAUGUUUCAUCAUCUUCUUCGCUGUCAGCGGAUUUCUGCGCUGGGCACGCGCAGUUGAACUCCCUAAACGCUUGGUGCCCACAACAGAACUUCACCCAAAAUGAAUUUAUUCAGCUGGUGUUUCCCACCCCUCAGCUGAUAUCCCGGAUCAAGAUAGCAGGGGAGGGGUCCCCGGGGGUCAACAUGACCGCAAGACGAGUGACCAAGUACCGGCUGAUGAUAAGUAAAGAUGGGGAGAACUUCCAGUUCUUGAAAAAGGUUGGCGCUGAUGAUUUCUCGUUGAGUGUCAUUGUGCAUGGUGUUCGACUGGUCCCUGUGGACUCGGAGGUUUUCCCCUGCAUGAGACUGGAAGUCUUUGGAUGUGACCCCCCGUCCCCCGAGCUUUGCAGUAAUCAAAAUGGAGGCUGCUCUCAGCGUUGUAUUCAGCAUUCAAAGUACUGCAUAUGGGGCAAGUGUUUCCUGAGCUGUCUCAACGACUGGAUGUGCACUAAGUUCGUGGAGUGUGACUGUAACAAAGGUUACAAACUCAACGAAGACAAAAAGACAUGCUCAGAUAUCAAUGAAUGCCAAGUUUAUAAUGGUGGCUGUGACCAUAAUUGCACCAACUCCAUCGGCAGCUACGAUUGCUCCUGCCGUAAAGGCUUCCUUCUCGGCGCCGACCGACACACAUGCAAUGACGUAGACGAGUGUUUGGAUGAUAAUGGAGGAUGUGAACAGAUUUGUCAUAACAGGGCCGGUAGUUAUGAAUGCGAGUGCCGAGUGGGGUUCACAAUGAACGCAGAUAAGCACAAUUGUACCGAUAUCAACGAAUGUCUUGUCAAUAAUGGAGGCUGCAGCCACGGGUGCGUCAAUUUGGUCGGAAGGUACUAUUGUUCAUGUCCGAAGGGAUUUGAGGUCGGUGCAAGCGGCAAGACAUGUGUAGAUAAGAACGAGUGUUUGCUGGCUAAUGGAGGAUGCGAGCACUAUUGCGAAAACACCAAUGGCAGCUAUCACUGCUUCUGUCGCCCGGGAGGAUAUGAGCUCUACGACACGUAUAAAUGCAGAGACAUCGAUGAAUGCUCUCGAAGUACCGACAAGUGUGAUGACGCGUCGACCACGUGUCAUAACUACGAGGGGGACUACGAGUGCCGAUGCCGCAAAGGAUACAAGCACAUCCCUAACACGAGAUUCAAGUGCGAACGCAUCUCAUGUCCAGCCCUAGCACAAGCCACGGGCACCACCAUCACCCCGCCAGAGUGCAUGCAGGGCAACGGGCGCAAAGUGGGCGAUAAAUGCACCACAACCUGUCAAACCGGUUAUGAGCUUGGCCAACAAUCACCGUAUACAAUGACGUGCCUAGACACAGGGCUGUGGGACAUUCCGCCAGUCAGCUGCAAGCCGGUUCGAUGUCCAAUUUUAUCUGCUCCUGCAAAUGGUGACGUGUCCCCGUCCUUUUGUAAGACUUCCGGCAAUACUUUCGGACAGAUGUGCUACUACACGUGCAAUCCAGGCUACCAGACCCCUGACAAUACAAAGCGUCAGUGCCUGCGAACGGGGAAAUGGGACAUUAGCGCCACGCCUACAUGUACAAAGAUUUACGUCAAACCCUGGAUUAACUGUCCUCUUGACGUCAUUGUUGUCUUGGGAGACACCUCAAACACUGCUGACGUCACUAGCAAACUGCAGAAGCCUACCAGUAACAUGAAGAACGUGAGAAUGACCCCUGAUAAGUAUAACGGCAACCUGCUUUUCCCGGCCGGUCAGACCACUCUCACUUACACGGCCACAAACGGUAACGGCGAGACUGCUCAGUGUACUACCGAUAUCAUAGUGGAAGAUCGCACCGCGCCCCUUGUGGUGUACUGUCCGGCGGACAUCGAGAAGACCAUUACGGGUUCCUCCACCACUGUCACGUGGAAAGCACCGGAAUUCAAGGACAACGUUAAUGUUACAAAGGAGACGACGACCCAUAGUCCUGGAAGCCAGUUUUCACUUGGUCUCACGAGGGUAUAUUACGCUGCCGUAGACGCGGCUGGCAACAGAGCACACUGCGAAUUCAAAGUCAAUGUCAAAGCAAAACAGUGCCCUAACCCAGUACAACCUGACAAUGGUAAACUUAACUGCCAGAUCUUUGGCGUUACUCAUUGGUGCACCAUAGCAUGUAACCCCGGCACACAGACAUUCCUAUACACAUUUGGCACAAGCUGCAGCUCAGCUGCUACGGCUACCUGGCAACCCAUCCCCGACUGUGUUGACGCCGUAACUGAACCUGCCAGUGGAGUCUGUCCAGAUGGGAAGAUCAAACAAAAGAGUCUUUCGGGCUAUCCCAACUAUAUCAAAUACUGCGUUGCCUGUCCCAGAGGGUACAAGUAUGAAGCUAAGGACUGCGUCAAGUGCCCGGUGGGGUACACAAGCGCCGGUAGCUCUAGCACUUCGUGUACCAAGUGUGGGCCAGGCACGUCUAACAAGCAGCCCGGGUCCAAGAACUGCUAUGACCUGUGCAAGGCUGGCAAGUGGUCGAGUGAUGGCUUCGACAAACCGCUGAACACUGUUGGCUGUGCCCCAUGCUCUAAGGGCUACUACUCGGAUGUUUACGGCGCCAAAUCCUGCACUCAGUGCCCCAAUGGCCGAGGGAGCCAAGACGGCUCAGGAAUGCGUCGACGUUGACGAAGGUUCAGGUCAAGUCUAAACUGAAAGAGGAAACCGGGAGAUGAGUUUCUCAGUGAUAUCAAAAUAAAAGUAAAGUAAAAAUUA